CAUCCCGAAUCUGUAAAAUUUGAUGAUGGAGUACGCGGUACCUAUUAAAUACAAAUUGCGUGAUUUUAUCAAAUGAAAUGCAAUAUAAGUAUUUUGUUUUGUAUAAUACAAUGUUGUAUUACAUAUAAUUAUUUUAAAUACAGAAACUGACUUUAGCGUUGUAAGUGUCUUCAAGUUUGUGCAAUUUGUGACUUUCGUAACAUUGUGAGGUUAUUUUUCGGUUUUUCUGCAAUAAAUAAGAAACAAUGGACUCAGCGCCGGCUCAGGAGGUCACGGAGUUGCUGAAACAAUGGGAGGAGCAGCACCAGACACCAAAUUAUGAUCCCAUCCCGACUUUGACGAGGAUAGCGGAGAUAAUAGAAGCGGAGACGGAGAACUUCAUGAAGAAGGACCCCGAUCCGUUCGACGAGCGGCACCCCUCGCGCACCGACCCCGAGUGCGCGCUCGGGCAUGCGCUCAAAGUCAUGUUUAAGAAGGACAACUUUAUGACUAAGCUGGUGAACGACUACGUACGCGACACGUACUACUCGCGGCAGAACAUCACGGGCCGCGACGUGCACAAGCUGAACGUGGCCGCGUGCCGGCUCACGCUUGACCUCAUGCCCGGGCUGGAGAUGAGCGUUGUUUUCCAGGAAAACGAAGCUUUAAUCCACCGGCUGGUGAACUGGGCCAGCAACUCGCCCGAGCCACUGCAGUGUUACGCGACAGGGCUGCUCGCCGCCGCCAUGGAGGUGCAGGACAUCGCCACUAACUUCAGGGAUCUAAAUGCAAUGUUAGUACCGCUAAUGCUAAGGAGGCUUCAUUCUCUCAGAAAUAAACAACAAGAAGACAAACAGCAAACACAGGUGACGCCGCCGAACCAGACGCGACACUUCGCGCGCUUCGACAAGAAACGCAACAACGACAUCAAGAGCAACGGCCCCGCGCCCGAGAAGAAGGGAAAGAGAGAUCGCGAGAAAGACGAGGGCGGAGGGAGUGACAUGCUGGUGGACGAGACUCCGGUGAAGGACCCUGAAACGCCGGUGAAGAAUUAUAAUUCGACAGUGGCGUCGUCUCCGGAGCACUGGGGCAUGAUGUCCCCGCCGCCGCGGCCGCCGCCCGCGACCCCAGUGCCGGCCACGCAUGAAACCUCCUCCAACUCCAGCUGGGCCGAGAUGGAGACCUACGUCAUUGGAAACAUCCAAAUCCACCCGCCGACGGAUGCUACAAAACAGAUGCUAAUUCUGCGUUACCUCACCCCUAUGGGGGAGUACCAAGAGUUCCUGUCGCAUGUGUUCGAACAGAACGCUCUCGGGCUGAUUCUGGGGUACCUCAACGUGAGGGAGUCCCGUGACUCGCGGCUCGCGUUCGAGGCGCUCAAGUACCUCGCCGCGUUGCUCUGCCACAAGAAAUUCUCCAUAGACUUCAUCAACAUGGGCGGGUUGCAGAAGUUCUUAGAAGUGCCUCGUCCGUCGGUGGCGGCAACGGGCGUGUCCAUCUGCCUGUACUACCUCGCGUACUGCGAGGACGCCAUGGAGCGGGUGUGCCUGCUGCCGCGGAGGACGCUCGCUGACUUAGUCAAAUACGCGCUGUGGCUGUUGGAGUGUUCGCACGACUCCGGCCGCUGCCACGCCACCAUGUUCUUCGGACUCUCCUUCCAGUUCAGAGUUAUAUUAGAGGAGUUCGACAAUCAAGACGGGUUGCGGAAGCUGUACAACGUGAUAUCGACGCUGCCCAUCCUGGGGUCAGACGAGGAGGAGUCGCGCGUGUCCGAGGACGAGACCUGCGCCGCGCGGCAGAUCGUCAGGCAUGUCUGUGUCGCGCUCAGGAGGUAUUUGGAAGCCCAUUUGAGAUUACGCGCCGCGCAAGUGGCGAGGCAACAGGGCGACAGUAUUCCCGAACCACCGCCUUAUAAGGCAUCAAAAUCGUCUCCAGAAGAGAUCCAAGAGCAGAUAGAGCUCCUCCAGAGCGUGUCGUGGUCCCGCUGGGCGCCGGUCGACGAGCUGGUGGAGCUGGGUGGAGUAGCGCUGCUGCUCCAAGUGGUGGGGUACGCGUACGAGUGGAACUUCAACGGCAGAUCAGAGACGGUGCGGUCGGCGCUGGACGUGGUGUCGGUGUGCUGCGUGGCGCCGCGCGUGCAGCUGUUGCUCACUGAGAAGAUCGACAUGCGCGACGCAGAUCUCACCACCGGCGUCAAUAUUGUGCUUGGUGCGGCUGACGGAGAGAUAGUGCCAGAGCCAGAGGUGCAGAAGGCGGCCCUCAACGUGUUGGUGAACUGUGUGUGUGCUCCCGUGCACAGGACGGGAACGUCGACGAGUAGGUUCUCGUUGACGGGGUCGAGUAAGAAGAAGACCGCGCUCAAAUCAUACGAGGACGUCAUUCAGAAGGUCUGGGAGAGUGUGCGCACCAACAAUGGGAUUAUGGUGCUGCUGUCGCUGAUGAUGGUGAAGUCCCCCAUCACGGACGCGGACCGGCUGCGCGGGCUGGCGUGCCGCGCGCUGGCGGGGCUGGCGCGCUGCCCCACCGUGCGCCAGAUCAUAUCCAAGCUGCCGCUCUUCACCACCUCGCAGAUACAAGUGUUGAUGCGCGACCCGAUCCUGCAGGAGAAGCGUCAGGAGCACGUGAUGUUCCAGAAGUACGCGCUGGAGCUGCUCGAGCGGGUCUCUGGCAAGAGCAAGCACAUGGGCGCCGAGUUCGAGACCUCGCUCGCCAAUAUACACCGGGCGAACGUGGUGGCGCAGACCCGCAUCAACUACAACGAGCGGCAGCUGCUGCAGCUGGUGCAGGCGCACCUGUCGGCCCGCGGGCUGCUGGAGGCGGCGGCGGCGCUGCAGCGCGAGGCCAACCUUCCGCCGCCCGCGCCGCCGCAGCCCGCGCCGCCGCCGCCGCCCGUCUACACGCCCUCCACGCCCAUACGGCCGCGGCUGUCGGUAUCCCGCACGAGCAGCACGGGCUCCGUGCACCGCGACAGUGUCGACAACCACCUCAACUCCAGCAUGAGUGUCGACGACAGCCCCGUACCUCCAGUUAUCAAGAUUAGAAAAGUGCAAAGCCAAGCGGUGAACUCGGUGGUCCCGUCCGCGGAGCACAAGCGGUCGUUACAGAAGCAGCUGUCGGUGGUGUCCGGGGAGCCGACGCCGCCCCAACACCGCGUCACGCUUCACACCAUCAUCACAGAGUAUCUAUACAACCAGCACGCGCUCUGCAAGAACCCCGUUGUCACUUGCCCACAGUUCAACUUGUUCGAGCCGCACAAGUGCCCGGACCCGCGCGGCGCGGCGUCCGUGUUCGGCGCGGGCGACGCGGGCAACGUGUGCGCGCGCGUGGCGCGCCGCGAGCUGGGCGCCGCGCAGGGCACGCGCCGCGCCGACUGCCGCAUGGCGCAUGCGCACUUCGCGCCCGUGCGCACGCUGCGUCUGCAGGACGACGACGCCUACUUCACGCACACCAUGUUCCACCCAACGCAACAGCAGCUGCUGGCGGCGACGUCGGCCGGCGACAUCAGGAUAUUCAACCUGUUCAGCGGCGUCGAGGAGAACACAUACCAAGUGCACGAGUCGUACAUAUACCAUAUGCAGGCGAGUAGAGACGGUCUGUUACUGCUGGCGUCAGCAACGACGACGUGGCGACCGCUCUCUGCGUUGUGGAACAUGAAAGAAUUUGAACAGCUUUUCCAACUAGACAACGAGGAGUACGUGGAGUUCAGCAAGAUGUCCGAGGAGCGCAUCAUCGGCACCAAGGGCGAGACGGCGACCAUCUUCGACACGCGCACCGGCCGCGAGCUGAUGACGCUCAGCCCCUCCAUCAGCAACCAGUACGCCAAGAACAGGGCCACCUUCAACCCCACAGACGAACUGGUCCUGUCUGAUGGAGUCUUAUGGGACGUGAACACAGGGAAGGAGAUCCACAAGUUCGACAAACUGAACCAAACACACAGCGGGGUGUUCCAUCCAAAUGGAUUAGAAGUAAUAUCGAAUACGGAGGUGUGGGACUUGCGGACCUUCCAUCUACUGAGGACAGUACCAACGUUAGACAAAUCUGAGGUGAUCUUCAACCCGACGUGCUCGGUGUUGUACGCGGUGUGCUCAGACCAGGACUCGGAGGAGCGCAGUCAGUUCGACACCAGCUUCAAGACGCUCGACCCCUACGACUACUCCAGCAUAGCAACGAUAGACGUGAAACGCAACAUAUACUCGCUGGGCGUGUCUCGCACCGGCAUGCAGAUCUCCCUCGUGGAGAACACCGGCGACUUCGAGCAGAUGCAGGAGUCGUGCGUCAAGCUGUACGACGUGGGCCGCCGCCGCGACCACGACGACGACGCGGAAGAAGACGAAGAAGAGGAGCUGGCGGGAGGGUCGGAGAAUGAUGACAACUCAGACUCUGGCUCCGGAGACGAUGAUGACUUGGCAUCGAACCUGCUCCGCAACGCGGUGAUGGGCCUGGCCGAGGCGGGCAGCUCGGGCGAGUCCUCGCACGACGACGGCGACGACGAAGAGCGACGCCCGCGGCGACGCAUGCGCACACGCAGACGGGCAGCGGACGCGAACAGCAGCGAGAGUGAUGGAGACCUGGACCUCGGGGACAUCAUAGAGUUUGGAUUAGACUAAUAUACCAUACAAUGUGUUGAUCAGUUAUUA